AUGAGACAGAAAGUGUCUGAAUUUGAGGCAAAGUUUGGAAUGCCGCAGGCAUUUGGAUGCAUAGACGGUACCCAUAUUCCUAUAAAACGGCCAAGAAAAAACUCACAAGACUAUUUUUCAUACAAAGGGUUCUUUUCUCUGAACGCUCAAGCUGUAUGCGAUUAUCGUGGUGUGUUUAUGGAUGUAGAAUGUCGUUGGCCAGGUAGUGUACACGACGCAAAAGUGUUUGCGAAUUCCUCAGUGAAUCACAAACUCCGAGAAGAAAAGCUACCUAAAACAUUUCAGACAAUAAUCCCUGGCUUUGAAAAGAUUCCAAAUUAUUUAAUAGGAGAUCCUGCCUAUCCGCUCACCCCAUACUGCAUGAAGGAGCAUGAAACAUGCAAUAGAAAUGCUGAAGUUGUAUUUAAUGGACUUCUUUGUUCAGCUCGCAAUCCAAUAGAAUGUGCCUUUGGUAGACUUAAAGCCCGCUGGUCUAUACUAACUCGCAGUAUUGAUUUAAAGCUUGAAUCCAUACCACAUGUGGUUUACUCUUGUUUUGUUCUACACAAUUACUGUGAGCAGAACAAGAGUUAUGUUGAUGAUGACAUAGUCAGAAACCAAAUACAGCUAUCCAUGGACAAUUAA